CUCCAGUAACCCUGGCAACAAGAGGGCCGUUUCGGAGAAAGUAAAUGGGCCAGGGACACUCGGAAUGCAUUUCUUUGGACUUUAAACCUGCCCGCAGGCGAUAAACUGCUCCAAGAUGAAGGUGUUCGCUAAAGUGAAUUCAAACUACGGAUAUGUGAUACUAAUUUACCUGUACAGCUGGAUUAUGCUGGGCUAUUUGGCAGCAAAGGUUAUCGGGGCCAGGAAGAAAUACAGAGUGAAGUAUCCCACAAUGUACAGCGACAAUGAGCACAUGUUCAACUGCAUCCAGAGAGCCCACCAGAACACAUUGGAGUUGUACCCACAGUGGCUCGUUUUCCAAACAAUCACAGCCCUUAUGUACCCGUUAACUGCAACAGUGCUGGGUGCCAUUUGGGUGACCAGUAGGUUCUUCUAUGCCUGGGGGUACUACAGUGGAGAUCCAGAGAAGAGGAUGAGUGGUGCCUUUGGCUACAUUGGAUACUUUGGAGUGGUCCUUAUGUCCUUACACAUUUCUUUGCAAUUGAUUGACCUCGUUUAAGAUGGGUUUCAACCCAUCUAGUUAAAGAGUUCUAAUGGCUCAUUGCUGGGAAACAUCAAAAAUAAACUCUCCAUACUCAAGUGCUAGCUUCAGCAUAUAUUUUAUAGGUUUGUAAUUUCACAUUAAGGUUUGCUUAUAUUGUUUAAUUAAAAAUAUUACUUCAUGUAGCCAAGGAUUAUCAGAAAAAGAAAGAGAUUACUGAAUUUUAGUCUCACAGAUUAUUAGUGGCGAAAGGGCCAAGCAGUGGGGGUUGAUGCCUCCAUGUGACUCACACAUGAUGCUUAAGUCACAAAUCUUGCUCUGAGGACACAACUCUUAUUAAAUAUGGAAGAAAAUGUUAUGUUGAUUUCCUCAAGAUUGUUUUAUACGGCACGAAUAUGAUUUUUCUUUUUACAAUAAAAGGCUUUUAUCUCAGUCAUUCAAAUAAUGAUUCAAAGAGAAUAAAGAUAAAUGUUUUUUGUUCUACUGUUCCUAAACAUUUAAAUUAGUUAAACAUUUAGAUUUAGAUUAAUUUUAAGCCUUUGCUCUGAAGCCUACAAGUUUGCACUUUCGUUAUGCUUUUUCAUUUUCUUAUCCAGGGAGUGACUAUUAUUUUAGGCAAGACAAGUUGAUUUGUACAACACAUUUCACCAACAAGGCAAUUCAAAGUGUUUUACAUGAUGAAACGAUUAAACAAAAACACAAUGUAUUACAGUGGCACAAUAAAGGAAAGAAAUAAAGUUUUAAAUUCAA